UUAACCUUAAAGUUAAAUAAUUGUUUUAUCUUCAGUUGGUAAACUGCUUUCCCUGGAAGUAUCGAAGUACAUCUUGUUGAAUGUCGGAGAUGAGUUUUGUAAGUUGGUGAAAAAAGAGGAAGAAGUAUUCUCCUGGGACAUCAAGAAGGGUGAGGAAGUAUAAUUUUUUAUAAUAUCAGAGAGCUUAAAAUAUGGUGAAUGUACUACACAUACACACUACAGCAAAACACACACGCUAUGUUUAUUGUCAGCAAUAGGGGUAGAAACUAUGGAUUCUUAGGUGAAAAACAAAUUUAAACUGUGACAAGGAACUUAUUAGAUUUAAACUGGUAACAAAUUUGAAAGUAAAACAUAACUGUUUUUCGUCACAUCCGCGUACUAGAUUAAGCAGAUCUUAAACUCAGUACUGGUGGGUUUCAGCAGGCCUUAAAAUAUCGGUCGGUCACGGACAUUGUCCGAGAUAUCCGACCCAUUCGUAAAAUUCUCCGACGUCGAGAGGAACAUUCUGGCCGACCUAAGUGAAACUGAAAUUUAUUGUUUGUCCAACCCAAGUGAAAUGGUGUCCAACCUAACUUUAUCUUUUCCAACGUAAAUCAAAAUGUACCCUAGUCUAUGACUAGAGGCUCGCAUGUUAAAUGGAGAAUUAGAGUAAUGUAUAAUCCAAUGCGAAGUGUAAUCAGUGUGUAAUUAUUAUAUGCUGACGGCUUGUAUUUUUAUUUUCUUUUGUUUGCAGGCACUGUUGCGUGGAAACGCGCAGUUCGUGGUAUCCGUGAGAUGUGCGAUGCUUGCCAGACAACGAUAUUUAACGUUCACUGGGUUUGCCCGAAAUGUGGUUUUGGUGUCUGCUUAGAUUGUUACAGGACAAAACUGAAUAUGGCUGUUAGCUCAGGUAUUCAUGUAUUCUUCUUUCUGCAUGAUGUGGUAUUCAAACGUAGGAUAUAGCUUAGGCUCCAAUGUAUGUAGCGACUUAGGCCAUCUGUUUACAUUGUAUCGGAUCACUUUGCGUCCGACGCAAAAACCAUACCGGAUAGGGCUUCUGUUUACAUGUGAAAUGUUGUUAUCGUCUCAAUUUCUGCAACGAACCGGUGGUGCGGCGGUUCGCUCUUCGAAGUGGUGCGCUGUGUAUCGGAUCGGUUUUUGCAACGCUCUCAUUGUGAUGUAAACACCAAUCGGAGCAAUUGUCGGUUCAAUGCGUGACUCAAGAUGGCGUCUAGCAAACAAAAACUUGCUAUUCUAAUCUUAUUUGCAGGUAUAGCUUGCUCACUCUUUUAAAUUGUCUGGAAUAUCGUUGUAUUUGGUAAAUAUAUACAAGCAAAUACGACGGCACAGAAGGGCGGGGGGCGAAGCUGCAUUUACACUUGGGCCGUAACGUUUCUCGAACGAAGCAAAAACAGAUCCGAUACAAUGUAAACCACGGCUUUCAAGAUAAGCCGGCGGCCACCGGAGUUCCAGCAAGUGCCACGAGGUUCACCGCCGGUUACUUUGUUUAGUACUUGAAUUAUCAAUUCUGCUCUCCCUCCUUCAUUCUAAGCUUUCAAGUUAUUUUUCCUCAACCUGGUCUAUACUUUAUAGCCUGGUUAUAAUUUUCGAAAAUGACAUACUAUUUCGUAAAACUGAUUUAGUUAUUUGCCAUCUUAAAUCUUGAAGUUAUCUUGUUGAAGAAUGAAAGUAAUGAUACAUUAUAAUUUGGUUACACAGUUCAGUUGUGUUGCUAUCUAAUCAAUAUACACUAGUUAAUUUGGAUGACUUUAAGACCCCCUAGACCGCCCCCUCCCAGCAGCCACCUACUUUAUCAAAACAGACACCUACUCAGAAUAAUUCUGAAAGCCCUGGUAAACAUGGCCUAAAUCUUAGGUCUUUAAACUUUUUUCCCAAACUUGGCACAGACACGUUUGAGUAACUCGUGUAAUAAGAAAAAUUCAAGGAGAACUUCGACGUUUCGGGACCGAUGAAGGGCCUUGACUUCGAAGUUCUCCUUGUAUUUUUCAGGUAGUUGUAUCCCUAUCAGUCAGCAGCGUUCUUUAAAAAUAAUCACUUUGUCGUUUCGAGACAUUUUUGGUCGGGAGUUUAGUACUGGCUUGCUCGGGCAGCUUGUUCUUUGAACUUCUUUCUUGUAGUUGAAAUGCAUGAGGGGACGUAAUAUAAAAAUAAGCUGAAAGUAGUUUAUUAUUUUUAGCUGAAGCUGGCCGAGCUAAGAGAUUUUUGUGGGUGCGAUGUUCAGCAAACACCGGUCAUCGUCCUCAACGCUUGGUUCUCACUCAUAUCAUUCCGAAAAAAAGUGAGUAUCAUCAUCAAUCAAUUUUAUUUCAAACAAUUUUCAUUGUUGGUAAUGUUUCAUCGUGAGAGCACUUUCAGGGGACGUCCUAGAAAGAAUCGGUACCCUCUCAGUAUUUGAAGAGUCGUUUAAAUUUUCACGAUUAAUUAAUAACGUAUGAUUUGCGGUGAUAGUGGAAGGGUGCACCCCCUCUUACAAGAUAAGCAUGGAUCCGCCCCUGAUUCGGAUGACAAUUAAUUUGCGCAUACUAUUUAGCUGUUAUUAUUGUUAUAAUCAUAUAUAUCUACAGUUUAUUUACCCAUGUCUCCCACGAGUUUUGCCCUGUAUAGCUACCAAUAGUUAUAAUUAUAUAAUGGGUUAGUGUUGAACCUAAAUAUUUUUAAAAAAUGAACCCUAAAGGAAUUUACUGCGUGUAUACAAGAAGUUAUCGCAGGGCUUGCGUUGAUUGUGAAGUUUAAUCCACCCUACCCUGGGUUCCAGAGGCUUCAGAGAGUUUCCUAGAAAUCCACCCAAAACUGAAAAUUAACCAUCUAUCAUUCUAGCUCUACAUGAAGUUGGUGAGCAGUUGCAUGAAGCUCGAGAGUUCUGGGGGAUUGGUAAAAACUGUCCUUGUAAAAGUCAAAGAGAAGAACUCAAGGAUAGCGCUACGAUAAAAGAGCUUCCCGACGAAGACCAGGACAUUGUCGUUGAUGUCGUUGGUGACGAUCUUUCCUUACAGUCACAAGGUAUACAUUGCAUCAUAGUAUAAGACAAAACUCAACCCAUGUUUAUCUUGAAACUCAAGGUGGGAGUCAAAAUAAGACGAGAAUGUGUUUGUGAUAUUUCGAUUUUAUUUAAAAUCAUCAUCAGACUAACAGUUAGUUUGAUGCAGGCUUUUAGCCAGAAGGGCGUCCUGGGACGCCCCUAGAACGAAAAGUGGACGCCUUUGGACGCCCAAAUUCUGGGGGAAAAGGGUAAUUAUUUUCAAUGAUUUCCCUAAGUAUAUAAUAUAUCCGAAACGAAUUAGCUUCAAUUCUCAUUAUUAUUAUUAUACAUUUGACAUUUUGAUCAAUUUGAUGGUGUACCUGGCUGAAUGAAAAUGUCGUAGUUAAGUAAAGAAGCAUAGCGGCACAAAUUUACAAAGCCAAGUGUGUUUGAAAAUUUCGAACGAACUCGGAACAGAUACUGACAUGAAGUAACGUAAACUUCAAAUGUUUUCCAGAGGAACGUUUUCUCGAACCCCUCUUUACCGUAGAUGUAUCGUUAUACCAAAAUGGACGGCCUCUUUCCAGACCCUGGCUAAAAGCCUGGUCUGAUGACGACUAACAGUUAGUCUGAUGAGGAUUUUGAAAUAAAAUCGAAAUAUCACAAACUCAUUCUCGUCUUAUUUUGACUCCCAUCUUGAGUUUCAAAAUGCUACAUAAUCUUCUGAUUGUGUGUGUCUUAUAUAUUUUUUUGAAUUGUCGGCUGGAAUUGGUUAUUACAUCAUAUUUAAGAUGUUCGUAUCGUUGUCGUUCUUUUAAGUUUUGUUUCGGGUAUAACCGCCAUGAGAGAAAACGUCGACAAUGUAUUGUUAGAGUGUUAUCAUAAUUGUAUUGUCUUUGCUUAUUUCAGUCACAAUUGAAGCAACAGAGUCCGUGGAACAGAAUUCUGAAAUACCAAUGGAGAUUGAGAGUGCGAAAAUUUCUGAAGAGGGGAACGAACCAAUGAUAACAAGCAAAGAUGCAAACGAGAUGCUUAUCAAAACUGAAAUUCAAAACUCGACUGAAAGCGAGACGCUUGAUGUUCAGUCAGAGGAUGCUGGAAAUAUAUUGCCCGAAUCUAAGGCUAGCGAAACACCCGAAUGUCAGGCAGGAAAGGAACCUGAAGUUGGGAAGAGUGUAGAAUUAGAGCAAGAGUGCCAUACUGACAAAUCACCCGAGGACGAGAAAGGGCCUGGGUGCAAAGAUAACAUUCUCCCUGCAAGUCAGAAUAUAUCAGCCAUAUGUGAGGCUGACAAACCGCCCGAAAGUGAGGUUGAUAAACAGCCUGAAUGUGAUGAUAACAAACCCCCGAAAUCCAAGGCUUGUGAAGAAAAGAGUAGUGAUGUGAGAUUAGUUGGAGAUGACAUUGGUGCUUUGAGUUUACUCAUGGAUUAUGAAUCACCUGUAUCCUCUCCGAUGCCCUCGCCAGUACGAGAGAUAGAAGACGACACUGAGAUUAGUCCAGGUAAGUCACGCUCCAUGUGAUCAUGUGUAGGAGUGGCUAUUUUUUAUAGUAUUUUAUGUACUGUUUAAUAAACGAGUAGGAGUGUUUUAUCAGAUAUAAAGAUAGGAGGCGAACCCGAGUAUGUAUCUUUAGGUCUGAUAAAACACGCACUAGUUCAAAAGUAAUACCAUGAAAUGUUUAUUUUGUAUAUUCUUUACAUCCACAGUGGAGGAAACUCUCUUAUCACGACCCCACGCUACCCACGGAGAGUCUUCGGCAACGACCGACCCAGCUUUGGCAAUGACCGACGCACCUUCGACAAUAACCGACGAAACUUUGGCGAUGACUGACGAAACUUCGCCAAUGACCGGCGAAACUUUGGCAAUGACCGGGGAAACUUCGGCAACGACCGACGAAACUUCGGCAACGACUGACGAAAUUUUGGCAAUGACCGACGAAACUUCGGCAAUGACCAACGAAACGUCGGCAAAGAUCGAAGCAUCACACGAGGACAUCAUUGCUCGUGUUGAAGCAAGAACUACCGAUGAGGUUCCGGCGCCACACUCGUGGAUAUGUCGUCGCCCUAUGUUGCGUCUUCAUAACGCUCAUCACGAAGGAAAUCUCAUGGCUUUUCAGUCGAGAUGGCAGAAAGGAGAGGUAAGUAAGGAUAAGGUUGGAUAUAAUGUGUUAAGCAUGGGAAUAAAGGGGAUAGAACGGAGAUUUUUGUGAAUGAAUUUAUGAUUACAGUAAUCGUGCGCGAGUUAAAUCAUUCUACAUUUAUGCUCACUGAAUUUUCUUUCAGCCAAUUCUUGUGAGUGGUGUGGAUAAAAACAUGACCAGUCAUCUAUGGACUCCUGAGGGAUUUGAAAAUGAAUUUGGUAUGAAAACUUUCCUUUGUUCUUAUUUGGAGUUGCGUAUUAGGUGUUUUAGUACCACCGCUAACUAGAUUACCGAUGUUAGUAACUGUUGGACCAUAACGAUUGAGAAUGAAUAAAAUAUUAUGAAACGCUAUAAAUUUUAUGAAUAUCAAGUGUUUUAUUAAAAACAGACUUUGACAGCUAUGGCCUAAAUAUGUUUAUACUUGGUAGCUUUAUCAGUUCUAUCUAGAGUUCAGUAGACCAUCUCUUUAAUUUAUAGCCUACCAGUGCUAUAUUCAAAGGCUUUCAGAAAUUAUGGGGUAAUUGCCGCCUCUAGUGUCCGCCAGUGACAAACACGCAAAUUAUGCGUACGACUAAAAUAUGUAACUGCAUUUAGGUUCUGAAAAAGCUGAUGUUGUGAACUGUAAAACUGGUGGAACUCUGGAAAAAAUGGAGAUUGGGACGUUUUGGCGAGGAUUUGAAAAUGUUAAAGGUAAUUUAUCUUUGCGCUGACAGCUUUAAAUAAUACUGGACAAAUCAGUUGUAGAUUUCCAGUUUCUGGAGUGCUGAUGAGAGUGCAUGAUAGUUUUAUCAUGUUCAUUACAGGGGUGGAUGUACUAGGGGGGGUGGGGGUUCUCACCCUCUUAGCCUUGGAAGAAGGGCUAACAAAUGGGGUGCUAAUUUCCAUAUCAAAUCAAUGUUUUGGAUUUGAAAAAGCAAUGACAGAAACAAAAAUAAAAUAGAGACAAAAUAAGUUGCAACAUGAUUUUGAAAUGGUCACGCACAAUUACAGACUAGAGCCUUGCUACCAUAGCUCUCUUUAGUGAUAAUGCACUUGAUCAACGGUUGCAUCCUGAAUUGUGACCAAAGCUCGCACGCCAUGCCAGAUCAGGCUAUAUAUUGAUCGCUGAUUCAUCAAAGUGCUUGCACCUUGAAUAAAAAUGUAAUUCAUUAAGAAUAAUAGUGAUUCAUUGCACCUUUUAAAUUUUGACAAGCCAACUGCGAUAUCUGACAUGUAAUGUUGUUACCAUUUGAAUGCACUCAAAGUCUAAAAAGUAAUUUAUGUUUUCUUUUAGACCGUCCACUUGACAGUAAAGGAGAGCCAACACUUUUAAAAUUGAAGGUAGGGUAGAUUUUAGGAUAAUGAAUAAUAUAAACCAUAUAGGAAAAUUGGUUAAGUCAAUUUCGGAUAAGGUUAUAUAGCGCAGAAUAAAUCACAGGAGAUAUUAGCUGAAGAAAUGUACUGUGAACUAAAGUGAUCUCCAGUUAAAUAUAAAUAUAGAGCACUAGUUUACAAGGGACUUCUCAAAUAUGGUUCCCAAUAUGUGACUUAGUUGAGUUGUGAGUUGUGCAAGCCUAAAUCUGAUAUACUGUAAUGCUCUGGUCUGCGUCCCUUUAAGACAUAAAUGUUCCAUUUGCGUUCAUAAGGUUAAUAAAUGUUUUUGAUUUAGUGUCAAUUAAAUGGUCCACAUCCACAUUUAGUGUCAAUUAAAUGGUCCACGCCGGAACAAAUUCUUAAUAACUUUACUAACCAUUCCAUAAACUACUAUUUAAAUAUGGUCUUGUAUUUCUUGUUUUAAUGUAAACUUUCGAACAUUAUGCAAAGACGGCUAUACUGCUCUAUAGUGAAAAGUGAUAUCGAGUAUAAGUUCAAAUAAAUAAUAAUGGAAAUAAUAUAUUUGUGUUAUGAUUUUUAAAGGAUUGGCCUCCUGAGGCGGAUUUUGUUGAGAAAAUGCCCACAAGGUUAGUAGAUGUUGGUUUUUAGGUGGGUAAAUUAUUCAAGGGGGAAAGCAUGGCAAGGACAGUUAAGUGGAGAUGUUGUUUAUAUGUUUUUAGAUUCAAAGACCUAAUGGAUGCUUUGCCCUUACCCGAGUACACAAGAAGAGAUGGAUCCCGAAAUCUUGUUUCAAGGUAAACUGAACUAAGUUAUACUAAAUUUCAUAUAUGUAAAAUUACACUAAGAGAGAACCCGAAUAUGUGGAGAAAAAUCUGCGGCGUUUGGUAUAGGUUUAGUUAGCAACAGGAACGCGAGGUUUGGGCCACAAACACUCCUUGUGAUCUCAAAGGUGGAAGCGAAAAUGUAGAAAGAUGAAAAAUUCUUAAUGUCGAUUAUUUUGUAUCCUAGAUUGCCAGAUUUUUUCGUCAAACCAGAUCUGGGACCAAAAAUGUACAACGCUUAUGGUAAGUAUGUUUUACAUAACAGUAGUUCGAUUAUUCAACUGGUAAACAAUGGGACGACUUACUAAAAUUUAUUGAAAUAAUAUUUACGUCACCUUAUCAAACUUCACUCCUGCCCAGUUCUACUACGUCAUGUUAGGUGCAAUAUAGUGGAACGACACAGAUCUUAUGGCAUGUGUAAAGGCCCAUUUCCACUCAGGAAAAUUUUCCGCAGAAAGAAAAUUUUGUGAAAUGUGAUUGGCCGACACAAAUUUUCCGUCCGAAACAAAUUUUGAAGUUGAAAAUUUUCAACUUUUAACAAUGAUAGUUUCGGAAAAUUUUCUGCCCGUGGAAAUUUUGUUGAGUGGAAAUGCGCAUUAAAGGCUAGUUUCCACUCAGGAAAAUUAUCCGUGGAUUGGAACGGACAAGAAAAUUUUUCUUUGUCUUGUGAGCUCUGGGUUGGAACUAAUGACUAAUAACACAAAGAAAAAUUUUCUUGUCCGUUCCAAUCCACGGAUAAUUUUCCUUAGUGGAAACAUAGCGCCCUGGUGGAAACUAGCCUUAAGACACUAAAACACUCCUUCUCGUAUUUCUUUACACCAGGCAAUGCAGCAUUUCCAAGUGCGGGUACAACCAAUCUUCAUAUUGAUAUGUCUGACGCGGUUAACGUUAUGGUAAGUUAUUUGCAUAUACUGCAGGUGAUUGCUUGCUUUCCAGUGCACUUUGGAAAAAGGAAGCGUGGUUGAUUACAUGGAGCGUUUUCAGCCUGGGCUGAGUUUCAUCCCCGUUUCCCAGGCUGAAAUUUCAGCCCGGCCUAAGGAUAAAAUCCUAUUAAAACACGGCAAACGAUUACAUGACAGAAAUUUCAGCCCGGGCUGAGGUUUGAGCCCAGAUGAAGCUACGUACCCGGGCUGAAAAUUUCACCCCGGUUGACCCAUAGAUAUCUUUAUACACUAGAUAGCGCAUCUCUUUUAGUAAAAUUGAAGCCAAGAAUAUUCCAGCGGUUACCCCCAUUUGAAUAGAUGGCGGCCAUGUUUAAAUUCCCUGUUUAAAAAAUAGAAAACAUACGAAUCUUCUCAUUUCAUGGGAAUAUCCUGAGUCUGCAAUCACGGCUUCAAUUUUUGAAUUACAGAAUAAUUAGAUGCACUAUCUAGUGUAUAUAAGAUAUAUAUGGGUUGACCAGGAUGAAAAUCGUCAUGUAAUCGAUGGGAAAUUUCACCCCUGGUUGAAAAAACAGCGUUUAAGUGGCUUUAUUUCUGUGUGUUCUAUUUUUGAAUGCAACCACAGUCUGGCAGAAGUCAAAUAAUAGACAUGAACAACAUUUUGAGACUUGACGUUUCACCCCGGUUGAACUGAAAUGCUAACUCAUUUGCCAUGUAAUCGUGAAGCAAUUUCAGCUUGGUUAACCGUGUUGAAAUUCAGCCCGGGCUGAAAACUCCUCAUGUAAUCGCCCCUAAGCAUUUCAAAAAGUAACAAAACUGCACGAGUUCGAAAGACGAGUGACAACCCUUGAAAGGUGCUAUACCCACCGUAGAGCCCCCUUCAGCUGUUACAGAGGAACUUGCAUGAUUUUUAAACAGGAAUUCCCUAUGCUAAAACUUCAUGUAAGCCUCUCCAAAGGCGUGAAAAGCUAGAGUGACAACCAGGCUAAACGUUUCGCUACAGGUAUAUGUCGGAGUUCCAUUUGAUGAGGCGUAUGGCGAACAGGAACGCAGGGGUAAGUGAGGAAACUUGUUGUUAUAUUUGUACCAUUUUCAACAGUUGUAGAAUUACAUGUCCCGUGUAUUGUCACUAUUGUCAACAGUUGUAGAACGCACAUCUCCGACCACUGAUCUAUAUAAAUGGGUACGAGUCGGGAAUUACAUGCCCCAUGUAUUCUGAACUAGUGUGAUUGUUUUCUAGAUUCUAUUGCGUGUAUUGACGGAUCUUGUGAUGAAACUCAACAAUAUCGAGCGCGAGGUAGAGCAGAGAAAUUGGUGAGUCCGAAACCUCUCCUCAGCGAUGUGAUUUUGAAUUAUAUAUUUUAGUCCGGAAUGAGAUAGUUGUGUGUUUUGAAAAUGAACUAAGGUGGCGUCGAUCGCAAACCACCAUGACCAACACAUUACCUUGCACAACUAUCAUUAGGCCAAAAAAAAUAUGUGUGUUUCCAGUUUCCCAACCCUACCUUGCUUUUGGACGCCGAAAUCCCGACCCUAAACUUUUUUAUUGGAUCAUGUUUGUAAGUGUUUCCAUUUAGAGGAAAAUGGAAAUUUGAAGCAAUAUUAGGGAAAUUUAUCUUUGGAUGUGGGAGUACUGAACUAAAGAAACAUGGCGUCCGGUUGUCAUAUAUGCAUGAAGAUUUGCAUGAACUCUUCAUAGGAAAAUUAAAAUAAAAGUUUAGAAAAAAAAAAGUUAAAACCGACCUACCCUACCUAAGUUUUUACAAGAAGAAAUAGGAAACCCACAUAUUUUUUUCAGAUCACUUUCAUAAUAGACAUGCAUAACCCUCUCGUUCAGGUUUUAUUACGUUUUAGUCACAGAAACAUUCAUUCCUAAGAUGUAAACUCCAUUAUAAUUACAACUUGUUAUCCAUUUCCAACGUAGGGAGCGCUGUGGCAUAUAUUUGCAGCCGAAGAUGCGAACAAGAUUCGAGCUUUGUUUCACAAGGUUAGAAAUUCGGCUUCACUCAUGUUCAUUAUACGUGACAACCUUGAUAUGUUUAUGACCAACUAUGAUUUAUUUCCACCAGGUUUGUCGUGAAAAGAACAUGAAGUACCCGGCUAGUCACGAUCCCAUACACGACCAGGUCAGUUGUACACGCGUAAAAAUUGAGAAAAUCAACAACCUGUUGCAAGUUGAUAUCGACAGGCGUGAACAAGGUUGUGCGGCCCACUAUGAACAGUAUUGUCAACAUGUUGUUACAGCAUUGUUCAACUGGAACAACUUGGAACAACAAGGUUGACAACUUGUUCAUAGUUGGCCGCACAACAUUGUUCACGCCAGUCGAUAUCAACUUGCAACAACCUGUGCGUUUUUAGCCGUGUAUUUCUCCCCGGAGUACACACCCUCCAUCUGGGGCCAGUUGUAGUUAGUGCAAAUGUUAACCAAUUAGAAUCGCGUAUUCUCUGGAGUUGAGUACUAUUUCACUAUACGAAAUGGGUAAUUGUGGGGCUUUGGUGGGGCAGUCACCAGAGCAAGUGCCUUUCACCUCUGAGAUCGUGGGUUUGAUUCUCACUACGGACUCAUGUGAAAAGAGUCAGUCAACAAUCUGCCGAAAGGCGUGGGGUUUCUCCGGGUGCUCCGGUUCCCUUCCACAGGGAAAGUUGACAGGGUGGGUUAGGAUAAACACAGUUAAGCUACGUUUACACGCUGCGAUUUGUCGGGCCGAUUUUGGUAAAUUAUCGAUGCCCCUUCUUCGACAUUUAGCGAUUUAAACGUUCAAUUGAAGCUGUGCGCUCUCUCGUCUGUUCAUAUUAUAGUUUUCUGCGUGCGAAAAGUUUUCAACAACUUUACAACGGAAGAAAAAUCGUUGAAUCGUGAGAAAAAUCUGUGGUUUUGUUACAGAUUUUUCUCCCGAUUUUGUGAAUCGCAAGGUGCUGACGCGAGUACUCACGACAGGUUAUUUACAUACAGCGAGCAAAAUCGGCCCGACAAAUCGCAGCGUGUAAACGUACCUUUAGGAAAGUAAUAUCACAAUUGUUGUAAAGAUAAAUAGUCUAGGCUAAGUAAGUAACAUAAGUGAGCGGAAUACUUGAUAUAAUCGGUCACGGAAAAGCCCCAAUGGGGAGUGAACUGAAUAAUAAUGUAAUGUAAUGUAAUUACAUAGAAGUAGUUACGAGUUUCAUACAGUUUACAAAGCCGAGGUUGGGUUUUGUUCUUUACCAUUUAUUGUCAAUUCGCAAGGGGGGUGAACAGCUACUGACUUUGUGUAUUCUGAUGAAAUCAUUGUCUUUGCUCGCGUGUAACUUGUCUGUAACGAGUAUUUUAAGCUUUUAUUUUUAUUUUUGGAUUUUGCUGCCAGGAAGAGAAAUAUAUUUUCUAGGCUUGACGUAGGCAUUGUUUUAUCUGCGAAUGUUUACCCUGAGAUGCACGGAAUAUAUCAGAGAUGUAUUUUUAAAUGCAUAAAUGUACCAUUUUAGUGUUUCUACCUGAAUGAGCCACUACUUAAACGGCUGAAAGACGAAUAUGGUGUUGUUGGCUGGCCGAUUGCGCAAUUUCUUGGUGACGCCAUAUUUAUUCCAGCGGGCGCUCCACACCAGGUGAGUGUUAGCCUGCGAACAGGAUCUCCUAUGAUGGCCUUCUCACAUAGACCAUUGUUUUUACUGUUUCAAAUUUAUGACGCUCAGAAUCCAACGAAAUCUCACAGCGACCCUGUUGGUCCCACAUUUCUAAUAUACUCCUGGUGCCGAUUGUUCAAAGCUUGUUUAGCGCUAAGGGACCGGUCAUUAUUUAUGGCAGGGGUGGGGGCCGAAGAGAAAAUGGUGGGGUAACUGAAAAAUAAUAGUUGCUUUAGGUGGGGUGGCCAAAAAAUCCUUGCAUGCAGAGGUGGGGUAAAAAAAAAAUAACCUUACUUUAAUCACACACAAUACAAUAUAUACUACUAUCAGAGUUUAAAUAUAUGUGAUUAUUCUAAUUUUUUAAUAAAAUAUUAUUGCUUUCCAAAAUGUUGACAGAAACACCCCCCUCAACCCACCCGUAAAGGGUCAUUUUUAUAUUCAUUUACACACAAAAUCUCCAAAGACUCCAAUUACCGGACAAAUUAUAUACUGCCUAUAUAUAGGGGCUGUUUAUAUGGUGCAACUGCAAGCCAACCCCAGGGUAUACCCAAGCUGGCCCAGUUUUGGCAAGAUCCUGCCUUUGUUGUUAUUUCUUACUAAAGUUCACCUUGUGUAUAUAUGGGUAAAGAGUGGGCCCAGCUAUAGCUAAGCGAGAUCCCGCCCCUUUAGCCCUAGAUCUUGCUUCAGGAAAAGUGACCUUAAGUCUGUAGCCCCUAACUCCGGGCAUCCAGCCUCACCCCCAUAUAAACAUCCUCUUAUUACAUAUCUCAAAAAGUAUAUGUACAGUCUAUUAAAUUUUCAGGAUUUAAUUUUUGGGCAUCUACACUUGAUACUGCAUAACUAAUAUUUAUAUCCAGUAUGUGCUUGUAAACCAUGUGGACAAUUCAGGUAGAAAAUCAUGAAAUAUGCCCCAUGCCCCUUGUGAAUCUGGAGAAUCAUUCCAAUGGCUAGUUCACAAUAUGUUUAUCUCUAGCCUUUGGCAACUAGCUGUUUUUCUUUACUAGCAGAUCAUGUAUACAUGGAUAAAAUAAGAGAAAUCUAUUUACCCGUUUUACAGAUUAAUUUAAUUGUUUAUAUAAUCAUACUUGGAAUUCGGAUGGAUAUCUUUAUCUUCACACUGUAUAACAGCAACUUUUUCUCAUUAAUUUACAGUAACUUUCUAAAUUCAGAUAUUCUCACAUGGGACAAAUACUUUAGUAUCGUUGUAUUGUCUACGAAUUAAAAUAUUAAAUUGAUUUCAUAAACUUCAAGAAUUCCUUGGGAAUUCUUAAGGAAUUCCUUUAAAAUUCCGUGAUAAUACAUGUGAUUGUCUAUAGAGGAAAUUUUAGAAUUUAGAUAGUUGCAAUCAUGGGUGAGCACAUAUUUUGUGAAACUGUUUCAAAAUAAAAUUGCAUUUUAAUUAAUAAAGAAAUGCAAGAAUGUGAAAGAAACCAAAUUAUAUACAGUGAAACUUUAAAGUGGGAAAGAGAUAGGGUGGUGAAAAUACGGUUAGUGUUCUAAAAUAUUGAAGCAUAUGGUUAAUAUAUGUUUAUGGGACUAGCAUUGCACUAUCUCGUGAAAAGGGAAUAUAGCGUUGAAUACAAACUAUAAAAACCCAUUCAUAUUUCAAUUUUACAAGUAGACAAAUUUUAAGCCUUCAGAUAACUAUAAUUCUUUAUAUAGUACCUUGCUAUUGUAGGGGUAACCCAUAAUAUAAAGGCAUGACUGUUAGUGUGCUUUAAUUACUCCACAAGAAAUAAGGGGCAAGGGAUAUUGGUAAACAAGUAUUACCAAUCAAUGCUAUUCCCUUUUAAUUAUAAUGUCCACUGUGGUCAAAGCACCCUAUAAUAAUUAUUAUUUACUCUCUAACAGCAGAUACUCUCUAACAGCAAGGGCAAUUUUGUACCUUGAUGAGUAAUACGCAUACAAAAUACUAUACUGUUUCAUUACAUAUUUUAUGUCUGAACCUUUGACAUUGCAACAAAAUAGGUUUGGGUGGGGUAAAAAAUUUUUCUGGCAUUCCACCGGUGGGGUAGCUAGAAAUUUUGUUUCGAAAAAGUUGGGUAAUGAUUUUUUCCGGCUUCAUUAUACUUUCUCUUCGGCCCCCACCCCUGCCAUAAAUAAUGACCGGUCCCUAACUCCGAGUUACAAUUAACCCUGCUGUUUUGGUUUGUGUAUUUGGGUACCUCAAAACAUUAUAAAAUGAAAGCUGGAAAAAAUUAGAAAAAUAUUUCCAUAUUUGCGAAUUUACUUUGGAAUUCUUCGUUAACCUAUAGGAUCAGCUUUUGAACAACCGGCCCCUGUUCUCUUUCCAUACUAUAGCGUUUAAGCAGAUGACGAAAGUCGGGGGAGGUUGCUUUGAUACAAUUUCGUGUUUAUUUUUGUAGGUGCGAAAUUUACACAGUUGUGUCAAAGCGGCAGAAGACUUUGUUUCACCCGAGGUAAGUUUUUAACACAAAAUAAUUAAGAUCUUAUUUCUUGAUAUAAAGGUUCUGCAUCAAUUCUUAUGCAAACUAGUUAAAGGUACGUAUGCCUGGUUUGCCUGUGAAUACAGCCUUCCGGAAAGUACUCUAUAGGUCCCUGGCAGUGGCAGGAAUCGAACAUGCAGCCCUGCGAUAAUCUUGAUACUUACCAAAAACAACAUAAAUACCUGUGUCACAGAUCUUACAAUUAUUAUUAUCAUCUUUAUUAGGGUCAAUUAAUCAUAUAUUACAAAGAAAAAAUGUAUAAAAUACGUAUUCAAUCAAACUAUUAAUAGAAUAUAGACCCUAAAUGGGCAAGGUAAAAACGGGACUCAAAGAACCAUGCAAGGUACCUUCCCAAACGUUACUAAAACUAAUUUAUAUAACAUUAGACACACAAGACACAACUCUACACACACCUAGUGCACCACAAUUUACGUCCUAUGACACGAACAGUCACGAAACAAGGACCACGUACAUGACAAGUCAACAUCAUAAAUAAAAUCAACAAUACUAGAGUAUCUACGUUUAACUAAACAUUUAAAAGAACUAGGACUAGACACGGUGUCCAAACAUACAUCUUUACAUACAACGUUCCACAGUUUGACAACACGAUUAUAGUACGAAGAUUGAAAAGUGCUUGUUCUACAAAUUUGACUUUGUAGAAUGUAUAGUAGACCUUUGCAUAAUGUAAGAUCUGUGACACAGGCUACAAGAUAAAGUGCUCGUACGCCAAUAUCUUGAACACAGAGGCGAAACCCUUUUGUGUACUUUUCGGAAGGGUGAAUUGAUUCAAUUUUUGUGGUUUACAUGCAAGGGUAUACAUGUGACAUAAUCUUUGAAAUUCGAUUGGCUGCAAAGCUCAUUAAUUAUUCACGACUUUUACAGCACGUUGGUCAUUGCUUUAAAUUGACUGAGGAAUUCCGGCAUUUGUCAGAAAAACACACGAAUCACGAGGACAAGCUACAAGUAAGUUUGGAAACCUUUUACAGUAAUCAACUCGAGAGGUUUCUGCUGAUGAGUACAAUUUACUCGCUGUUAAGGCCAGUUUACACUGCACAAUUUUUGCCCAUAAAAUACUGUCGCAUGCGACCUGCUUACAACUUGAGUUACCUAACGACAACGUAGGUGAGUUGUGUGCUUGAUUUACACAGUACCACUCAAGUUGUAAGCAGGUUGAAUGAUGCGACAGUUUUAGGCAAAAGUUAUGUUGUGUAAAUGGACCUUUAACCUUGUAACUAAAAUUUUGAUCUAGACAAAAAUUUCAUUACAGCUUGAAAGAGCAUCACGCUAUAUUAUCCGCAUUUUACAACAUUUCGUAACGAAACUUUGGAAUAUUACUAAUUUUGUGAUGCUCUUUCAAGCUGUGAUGAAAUUUUUGUCUAGACUUGUCUAGAUCAAAAUUUUAGUUAUAAGGUUAAAGGUCCAUUGGCCUUUAGUUGUCACAGUUAAAAUUGUCGUUUCUUAGCUGUCUAUCAUGAAGCAUUGCUAUUUCCUGAUUUCUUGAACUUCUUGAUUCUUUCAGGUAAAGAAUAUAAUUUAUCAUGCUGUCAAGGAUGCAGUCAGUGUUCUACGUCAGCACGAGAUCGCGUCACGAACUGAAGAGGCUGGUAACGAGAAUGUAUAAUUUUGCACACAUGUAUAUUGUAAUAUAAUAUCAAAUACUUUUGAAUAUAUUUUUGUACAGACUUUAGGAUUUCAAGCAAUGCACAUUCGCAUUCCAUGCUUAUAUAUGACGAACAAAAUAUUUAUAAUAGGGACAUUGUUCACGCUAUUGGUAUUACUUUAAAACCAUUGUUUUUAUUAGUUGUAAAAUAGUGUACUUCGUAUUUGAGGGUUUUUUGCUCAGAUGAAAUUAGGUCGCUCCUUGUAACUGAGCUCACAUAGCUUCGUAACCAUAUAUUAUGCUUUUGUCGUCAAUUAUCUUAUCAAAUAAACAGCCUACAAAGGUGGUAAUGACUUUUAAAAAGGCAGUGUAUGAAAUUCUUGCAUUACGGACUAUUGCCAAAUACUACGGUCCAGUAAUCCAAAGCUCUGGAUCAACAGGCUAGCACAAACGUGGUCAAAAUUGAACAAGUCUUAAGCUACGGAUACACAGGCAAUACUUUUCUGGCGAUGGCAAUGCAAUGGUGGUAAAAUCGUUGCAUUGCCGUCGCGAGAAAGAAAUUGCUUGUGUAUCAUGCACUGCGACGGCAACGCAAAGCUGCGCGCAAUCGUUGUCGAAAUUUCAAAUCAUUUGAUUUUCGGCAAUGAUUGCCGAAAAUUGGGAGGUGUGGUCAAGGAAGGUCAAGGUUGAUGAAUGACACGUUUCUUGACCAGCCAAUGAAAAGCGUUAUGAAGACAUAUAUUGCAGGUGAAAUAUUGCAGGUGUAGCCAACUUGUGCGACGGCAACGCAAUGCUGUUAUCACCCAUUGCGUAACCAUCGCAGCAAAAGUAUUGCUCGUGUAUCCGAAGCUUUACAGCAAAGGAAUUUAAUUUUCCCAAGAUGGACGAGGGGUGAAACCAAAGAGGCGGUAAUAGGGGGAUUCAAGGUUUCCGACGCCAUAACGAAACACAAUAGUGCAAGGGGUGCAAACCAAUGGUGAAAACAAUAGAUUCAAGAUGGCAUCGGAAACCGUGAAUCCCCCUAUUGAAGAGGGCCCCCUAUACCUCUUCACAAUAUGCUUUCACGUAAAAAUAUUUUGUCUUUUCACGAGUCACGGAUUAAGAAAAUCAUCGAUCACGUUUCACGGCUAAGUAAAAUAAGCCCUUCACGCAAAAAGUAUAGGGGGCCCUCUAUUGAAGGGAGUUGUUUGAGAGGUUUCAUGGUGUGGGGUGACCUUUAUUACAGAAUACAAAAUAGUGGGAUUUUGGAUUUCAAUAAGGAAUGUACGUGGCCAUCAUAAAGAAGAAGAACUAUCCAUUCUCCUCCGCACAGGCCUUUUAUUGACGAUUUUAUUUUAACACGCGGGCUGUAUACCUUGAUGGCGUCAAAGGCAUUUCGGGUGAUCGGUACGCCGCGGGGUAGCAAGGAAUUAAAAGAUAGUCACAAAUUACCCGCAUGGCUAACAAUUCGUGGGUGUAUAGCCCGCGUGUUUAACUAAAAAGUAAAAACGCCUCUUCGAAAGAGAGAGAGAGAAAUAUUAUGAAGUUUGUACAUGAUAAUGAAUAGACACUUCUGAAUUUGUUUUAGUCACACAAAAAAAUAGCUUGAAAUUAAGGCGGACAAUGUAAUCCAUUGUGAAUAAAUACCUGUACAGUGCGUAUAAAAAAAAACCUGAACCAUUCAAAUUCAAAUUAGCUAUAACGUAUUGUACUGAGUUUUGUCCCAUGAGUACAAGAAUAUACCAACCAUUAAUUCAAAGCAAUUAGAGCUGUCAAAUUACUACAAACGUUCUAGCUAAUUUGAAAGGUUCAGUUUUUUUUAUACACACUGUAGUUUGAUAUGAAGUUUGUGCAUGAUAAUGAAUAGACACUUCUGAAUUUGCUUGAGCACACACAAAAACAACAGCUUGAAAUUAAGGCAGACAAUGUAAUCCAUUGUGAAUAAAUAGUUUCAUUACCAGCCAGCAAAUCGGGAAUUGUUCACUCAUGAGAUUUAUGAACCUUAAAGUCUUUGCAUAAAAUAUUAUAACAAGGGU